GCAUACCUGUACACGUACGACACUAUUUAUGGGUGAUGACAUCACAGUAGUUACCCCUCAACAACAUUUCUCAGAGAGGGGGUUACCCCACACUGGAUCAUAUUGCACAUCAAUCUCACCUCUCUCAGCAACGAGCAAUACCAUUCAAUACAUGUUUGGACUUGGAACAGAGCCAUUCAUGAGCAAUAUUGUACUCCUUUCAACAGACCACGAUAGCAAUCUGAAGUAAACAGUGAAUUGGCAUUUAACUGUCAUACUCAUAACAUACAAUUUGCCAAGUGGUGAGCUGUCAACUACAUGUAGUUUCACCGAGGGUUUUACAAGAGUUGAAUACACCAUUAUGUUUGAGGACAUCUGGGCUUAUGUCAGUCUGGCACCAUCACUACUGCUUCUCCUGACUUUGAGUGUUGUGUACCGGUACCUUCGUCAUAAAUGGCUGCAACCUCAAGCAACUCUAACUGCCCAUGGCAAGACACAACAGAGGGAUGGGACUAGUGUGACACCUAGUGCUACCCAUGAGGGGGCAAGGGAGGGUGACAGACCCCAAAGUCUGCCCCUGAGUGUCAACUAUCACUUCACUAGGCAGUGUAACUACUCCUGUGGGUUCUGUUUCCAUACAGCCAAGACGUCUGACGUCUUGCCCAUAGAGGAUGCCAAACGAGGAAUACAGAUGCUGCAAGAUGCAGGCAUGCAGAAGAUCAAUUUCUCUGGUGGUGAACCAUUCAUUGUUCAGCGAGGCAAAUUUGUUGGGGAACUUGUACGAUUCUGCAAGGUUGACCUCAAGCUUCCCAGUGUCACCAUAGUCAGCAAUGGUAGCCUGAUAUCCGAGAAAUGGUUCGAAAAAUAUGGUGAAUACCUUGACAUCUUGGCUAUUUCCUGUGACAGCUUUGAUCCAGAGGUCAACGAGCUGAUUGGACGACAGCAGGGCAAGAAGAACCACCUUGACAGUUUGAGGCGUGUCCGAGACAUGUGCUCAAAAUACAAGGUUGCAUUCAAGAUCAACAGUGUGAUUAACACACACAACAAAGGCGAGGAUAUGGCUGACUACAUUACUGACCUGGAUCCAGUCAGAUGGAAGGUUUUCCAGUGUCUUUUGAUUGGUGGAGAGAAUAGCGGGGAAGAUGCCCUGCGACACGCUGAGUCUUACGUCAUCAGUCCUGAAGAGUUUCAGGCAUUUCUUGACAGGCACAAAGACGUGAAAUGCUUGGUACCAGAGUCCAAUGAGAAGAUGCAGAACUCCUACCUCAUACUUGAUGAAUAUAUGAGAUUCCUGGACUGCACGAAAGGCAACAAGGACCCUUCCAAGUCUAUCCUAGACGUGGGGGUGACUGAGGCACUCAAGUUCAGCGGAUUCGAUGAGCAGAUGUUCCUCAAGAGAGGAGGGAAGUACACAUGGAGUAAAGCAGACAUGAAGUUGGAAUGGUAACCGAAUCACCAGUCAGAGGUACACAUACACUUGAAAGCAUGUGUACUGAAGUGGUUUACCAUGCUUCCAAAACCUACUAGUACCAGGAGUAUGUGAACAAUUUGUUUCCCACACACGAUAAACGCCAUUUUGUUUUCUUUAAGAAUCCUGCCCUCUCCUGGUUGCUUAAAGUCAGUAUCGAUGGCUGUUACAUUGUGUACAGUACAUGUAUG